AUGCGGAGUGUUCUGGUUCCGGACUGGAUCCCUCGGUCCAGAGACAGGGCCGCCUGGUUCACACCGCAUUUUCCACUAACCUCUGGGUCAACGCGAUCUGGCGCCGCCGAGCUCCUGCUGGCCGCCCGGGCGGAGGGGGAGCCCAAGGCCUCGGCGGCCGGAGCCGGGGCCGCGGUCCCCGCGCACCGGUUUUUCUGCCACUUUUGCAAGGGCGAGGUCAGCCCCAAACUACCGGAAUAUAUUUGUCCCAGAUGUGAAUCAGGCUUUAUUGAAGAAGUGACAGAUGAUUCCAGUUUUUUAGGUGGUGGUGGCACCCGGAUAGACAAUAGCACAUCAACACAUUUUGCAGAGUUCUGGGACCAUUUGGACCCCACGAUGUUUUUCCAAGAUUUUAGACCCUUUCUAAGUAGCAGUCUACUGGACCAAGAUAACAGAGCCAAUGAGAGGGGCCACCAGACACACACCGACUUCUGGGGACCAAGUCGGCCACCUCGGCUGCCAGUGACUCGGAGGUACAGGUCUCGAGGAAGUGCUCGUCCUGAGAGAUCCCCAGCUUUUGAAGGAAUACUACAACAGAUCUUUGCAGGAUUCUUUGCAAAUCCUGCAAUUCCUGGAUCCCCGUACCCUUUUUCUUGGAGCGGGAUGCUGCACUCCAACCCUGGGGACUAUGCCUGGGGUCAGACAGGGCUUGAUGCCAUUGUAACCCAGCUUUUAGGACAACUGGAAAACACAGGCCCCCCUCCAGCUGACAAGGAAAAGAUUACAUCUCUUCCAACAGUGACAGUAACUCAGGAACAAGUUGAUAUGGGUUUAGAGUGUCCAGUAUGCAAAGAGGACUACACAGUUGAGGAAGAAGUCCGGCAGCUACCCUGCAACCACUUCUUCCACAGCAGCUGUAUUGUGCCAUGGUUAGAACUGCAUGACACAUGUCCUGUAUGUCGGAAGAGCUUAAAUGGUGAGGACUCUACUCGGCAAACCCAGAGCUCUGAGGCCUCUGCGAGCAACAGAUUUAGCAGUGACAGCCAGCUACAUGACCGAUGGACUUUCUGAAGCUGAAGACUGCAUCUGAGCCAGGGCUGUGGUAGACUUCUUAUCAUGGCUGUUAAUUGUAUCAAAACAAACAAAAAAAAUAGUAGGUGGAUUUAGGAGUCACUUAAGAAACCCUAACCCAUAAUAUUAAUGCAAUGAGUGUUUUUCUUCUCUAAAUUUAAAGUUAGUAUCUACAGAUGGUAUUGUAUCUACAACCAAAUGCCCCUUAUUCCUGAAUUCAGAGUGAUAAUUUUAUAAGUGUGAAACCUAAUUAUGUGGAUUUCCCCCACCAGAAUAGAAUCAGUUCCUUAACGUCUAGCUAGGGUCCUGCUCCUGCUGUCAUGUUACCUUGUGAUGGAUGUUUCCAGUCUCUACCCUACCAUUAUUGUAUUUUACUGUAAGUACAGUGGAACCAGAGCCCUGAAGUCCUGCUGAUACAAAGUCCUGUUUUAACUGUACAAAAGCAUCUACUCUUGGCCACAUUAGCCAUGAAUGAGGUCAGAUUAAUUCAGGAAUUUGGGACUAAUGCUUUUGUUUUUUCUUGAAUCCUCAGAGAGCAAAUCAAAGAAAAAUCACAGUGGGAAAGAGAAAGUGGCUUAUCAUUGUACUCUUUGGUUUUCUCAUUUUUAUUUUUAAAGAGUACUUCACAAGAUGCAGCUUCUGCAGAAACCUACAUGACAUGUCUUAGAAGUCUUAUGUUGGUGGGAAUCUGAAUCUGGUUCCUUUUUGGGAAUGAGUUUAGCAGCAUAUAGGCACAGAAAGACAGACAUUUGAAAUAUUUGGUUCUGAGGUUUUUUUAAUGAUCCCCAGUUCACUGUUUACUGUCUUUUGUCCUGGGGACCUUAAAAUAAUUCCCCUCAGAAAUAGAAUUACUUCAUUACUGCUUCUGUGGCCAAUUCAUUGUUUUCAGUAAUUCAUUGAUCAUCAGGAGUUGAGAUUUUACAUUGUCUCAUUUUAAUUUUUUAAGCCGUUUUAUCAUCUCUGAAACCUUUCUGUUCUGCUUGGUUUUGGCUGUACCUGGAGUCAGGCUGUUCAUUGUGAUCAUGCCCAACAACCUGGCCGAGGAAAGGUAGACCUUUUUUUUUUUUUCAUCUUAACAGUGUCCCAUGCACAUGCACAUGCUCUUUGGCACAUUUAAGUGUUUAAAGUUGAAUAAAUGAAGACGAUUAAGAAUGUUGUUGGAACUUCAGAGUCUCAAAAAUAAAUGACGGGGAUAUGUAACCACCGUUGGUGCACCAGAAAAGGGUGACAGAGGGGCACCGUUUGUACGGUCAUAUCAGCCAUUCAUGGUUUGGAAUGGUCAGAACAAGAAGGCUACUCUUUGGUGAGUCUCGUUCUUGGCUAAGGAACAUUUCCUCAGUUUUGGUUGACUGUCAUUCACUGGUUUUGGGGGGUAAGGGGCAGAGUUAGAGAUAUCUUUAUACUUUGGUAGAAGAUAGAGGACUAAGGGAGGGAAGAGAGAAAGUGAGAAAGUUUAAUUUAAUUGCUGAAUUAAUAGCCUGCCUCUCAAAGUUGUGACCAUAGGGUAUGAUUCACACUGGCCCAGAGACAAUAAAAGAUGUUCCCUC